ACUAACCAAACAUCCGUUGCCGUUAAUAAUAAAUAGCCAGAGUUUUCCAUCGACUCUCGGUCAGAUUUCUUUCACGAAAAAGUUGGGAGCGAUGCGAUGUUUCGAGUUGUACGGGCUUUGGGCCUCGCCAAGAUAAUAAUAUGUGUCUUCGUCGUUGCGUGGCCCAAACAGAACAGCGUUCACGCCCAGAAGCCCGGAAACAACAGAGAAAAAGUCUACACCAACGGAUGGGCAAUACAGGUAGAGGGAGGAAUUGAGGCUGCCAAACGAAUUGCUCGUUCUCAUGGAUUUGACAAAGUUGAACCAAUUGGUACUUUGGAAGGCUUCUAUCAUUUAGAACAUGCAGAGUUGCCACAUCGUUCCCGCAGGAGUGCAGACGAGAGGACAGAGCGACUUACACAGGAUCCAAAGGUAAUCUGGGCGGAACAACAACACGAGAAAAUCCGCGUCAAAAGAGGUCACUUUCACGACCGAAUGGUUGCCAGAGGGAUCCUGCCUCGAUUCACAGACCCCUUAUGGGAUGGACAGUGGUAUCUGGAUGACAAACGAGCGGAUCUGGAUUUAGAUGUGCAUGUUCUUCCUGUUUGGAAUCAAGGGAUCACAGGAAAAGGCGUUGUCGUAACAAUUCUGGAUGAUGGUAUUGAACACAAUCAUACGGACCUCAUCAGAAACUAUGAUCCGCAGGCCAGUUGGGAUGUAAAUGGAGAAGAUGGUGACCCAUUUCCUCGCUAUGAUCCUACUAAUGAAAAUAAACACGGCACCCGCUGUGCAGGGGAAGUUGCGGCUCAGGCGAACAACACCAUUUGUGGAGUGGGCGUGGCUUACAAUGCGAAGAUAGGAGGAGUGCGCAUGCUUGACGGCCGAGUGACUGACAAAGUAGAAGCCGCGUCAUUAAGUCUUAAUCCCCAGUUCAUUGACAUCUACUCUGCAAGUUGGGGACCUAGCGAUGACGGAGCCACUGUGGAAGGACCUGGAACUCUAGCCGCUGCUGCAUUUGAAAAUGGAAUCACAAAGGGUCGCGGCGGACUGGGCUCUAUUUUCGUGUGGGCGUCAGGCAAUGGAGGUCGGCACGAGGAUAGUUGCAACUGUGAUGGUUACACAGACAGUAUAUACACCCUGUCGAUCAGCUCUGCUUCCGAUCAUGGCGAGUCGCCCUGGUAUUCAGAAAGCUGUUCAUCUACACUGGCGACAACAUUCAGUAGCGGAGCGCACGGCGAGAAACGAAUCGUCACGACAGAUUUACAUAACCAAUGCACCGAAAGACAUACAGGAACUUCUGCAUCUGCUCCAUUGGCAGCAGGAAUUAUAGCUCUUGCACUGGAAGUCAACCCUCGCCUGACAUGGCGUGACGUGCAGCAUAUCGUGGUGUGGACAUCAAACUGGGAACCACUCAAGCACGAUCAGGAUUGGAGCCCUAAUGGAGUCGGAUUACACGUCAAUAGGAAAUUUGGUUUCGGACUGUUAGUUGCAGAAAAGAUCGUGGAAUUAGCAAAACCCAACACGUUUAAAACUGUACCUGAGAAGACCAUUUGUAGGGGACAAAUCAAUCAGGACCGCAAACCCAUCAAAUUCAACGAGCCAUUGAAGAUAACAAUGCAUUCGAAUGGAUGUUCAGGAACUGCUGCUGAGAUUCGCUACCUUGAACACGUGCAACUCAUGUUAAGCUUGGACUACACACGGCGAGGGGACCUUGUCGUAUACUUGACAUCCCCCAUGGGAACUAAAUCUUGCCUGCUGUCACCAAGAAAAGAGGACCUCUCAGAUGAAGGUUUCACAAAGUGGCCCUUCAUGACAACGCACGCAUGGGGCGAGGACCCACGCGGAACGUGGACCUUAGAGAUAAAGGACCUUGGAGAUAACAGACCAAAUCAUGGCCUACUAACAGAGUGGCAGCUUAUUAUACAUGGAACCAAACAAAAACCUAAUCAUCAACCCAUUGAACACCCUGAAAAACCACGUGACUCGGUUCCAGUGCCCGAAUCACCGUCACCUCCACAGUUUCGCCAAGCAGUUCCUAGCGGACCGACUUACACAUUUACUUCCUCUCCACCUACUCCUGUGAAAUACAUUGCACCUCAAGUGGUAACCUACACAACUUCGACAGCUUCAAACCCCGCCAUCCUAACAAUUACUCCCCAGUCCGUAGUUCCUUUACAUCAAGAACUUAAAACACCUAGUAAUCAAUUUAUGUCGAACAAUAAAGAAGUAGGACAAACACAAAACACCUUCACACCAGACCAGCAAGCUAAUAUACACCCCCAGCUACCAUCCAAGGAAGCCCUUUUCUCGCCCAUACAACCUCUUCACGGCAACUAUGUUCCAGCUAACUACCAUCAGAAUCAGGUAGCUAAUUAUUAUCACUAUGCGGCUCCUGCAAAUCCAAGAGGAUACGUUACGCAAGUGAAUAACCCUGCAGUAGCACAAACUAACGACCAACUGGCUUAUCAACCGGUGGCUUGGAGACAGACCACACUGUACCGUAAUCCUUUACAAUACAAUGCAUAUAGUAAUUAUCUUCGAACUUUUGGUAGACGAGGUGCUGGCAAGUCUUAUGUAGAAUAUCUUAAAACUAAGAAGAACAAGUUAAAGAAAGAAAGGUAGUUAAAUUGUCGGAGUAUUUUUUAUGAAUCUUAUUUACACGUGUAAAAUAUAUGGUAUAGUGUUUAGAAUGAGGCCGAGUUUAACUAAGCUGGAUUUUUGCUUUUGUAUAAAUGUUGAUCAGUGAGUAAAUAAUAGCUGCGCGUAUAUGUCUUCGCAUAAGCCAAAACUGCAGAACGGGCGAAGAUAAAUAGAGGUGUAGGAUAAAUUAGAUAAUUCAAAUCAAUGGAUGAAAAAAUUGUCGAUAGCUGGGUCAGACCACUUUGCACUUCAGAAGGUCUUGGAGUUUGAGGUGGGUGUUUGAGGUGGGUGUUUUUAGUGGAAAAAUGCCAAUCGAGAGAAAGGAAGAUUUCUUGAUGAGAAAAGUUCCCACCUCUCUGUCUAUAAAAUGUUGUAUGAAAAGCAGCACACAACUUGAACUGAUACCUUGAAAUCUAGUUUCUUUAGUUCAGCUGGCUGGGCGGGAAACUGUGGAGACUUGUGAAAAACUGAAAAGAUUUCCGCCUUUCUUGUAUUUCAUAGUUGUGAAAAAAAGAGUUUUCUUGAAGUUAUUUUAGAAAUUCAAAACUAAAUGUAGCUGACGAAUAAACAUUCCCUUUCAUCUUUCUGUUGGACUGAAACACAAGGCUGUAAGGAUGGGCCGAUACAGGCGGAUCCGAAAAUAUCGUUACUGCAAGAAUUAUCAAUGACGAUACUUGACGUCUUCCUGAGCCUGCGUUAUUUCGGGUCAUCACCUAAAGGCAAAGAGCACUGUCGUGUGCGGUUUCUCUAAUGUUAGUUGCGUGUUUGCGAGUGGUGUGUUAAGGGAUAAUGAACAUUGGUAAAUUAAGAUUUUAAUCAUCGACUUGUUUGUUUGUGGUGUUCAUGCAAUAAUAGGACAUAAGACAAAAAUC